GGGAGGGGAAAGAAAAUGGCGCCGAGCUGGAACAAGCGCCCGACUGCGAGGAAGAAAAGCAAUGUCCUGAGGAAUUUAUCCCGGCUGAAGAUAACUGGCCAAUUCUCGCACCGAAUGUUCCAAAAUUUGCCUCCCAUUCUUUGUGUUCCCCUGAAGAAUAUUGUGGAUGAUGAUUUUUUACUAGCUGGUCACAUAUUCCUUGGCUUUACAAAAUGUGGUCGGUAUGUGCUGUCCUAUACUCGGGAUGUACCAGAGCAGGAUAUUGACGAAUUACCAUACUAUGUGUAUUACUUGUACUGGUGGAAGUUCAACAUUCAUGACAAGUUGAAAAAGGUGAGGCAAGUGCACCUUUUCAAAGAUCAGGAAGUGUACAGCGACUUGUAUCUCACAGUGUGUGAAUGGCCAAGCGAUCCCUCAAAGCUUAUCGUAUUUGGGUUCAACAUCCGUUCAGUGAAUGAUCUGCUGAUAAACAUGGUGAUGAGUGAUGAGAACGAUCGAGAUAUUUAUAUUACAACAGUUGCUACACCGCCAUUUGCAUUCUGUCCUGACUGCAAGGACAUGGCUUUGCUUAAUGCAGAUGAGCAGAAUGCCUACUGUCUACAGCAUGGCUUCAUGCUUCACACAAAGUACCAGGUGGUGUAUCCCUUCCCCACAUUUCAGCCUGCCUUUCAGCUCAAGAAAGAUGGAGUGGUGUUACUCAACACCAGCUACUCUCUGGUGGCUUGUGCCAUAUCUGUAAACACAACAGAUGAGAAAGGGCAAAUUCUGUACAGUAAGAGUAAUGAAAACACUGCACCUCCACAUCAUUCUGAGCUAGAUCCUAGUCUUAUGUUGCCAGUAAUGGAUGGUGUCAUGUCAAAUUAUCAUCAGUGUAAAGGUAUAAAUCAUCCUUCAUCCAGUGACGGAGGGCCAAACUGCGUCCCACACAAAGCUGACACUAAUAGCUGUGUGCGCACUGAGUACUGUCCUGAAGAAAUGCUGAGCUGGGAAUUGAAAAGCUCGAAGCAUGGUGAACUGGCAGCGUGUAAUGCUUCCCACGGUGACCGAUCCUCUGCCGCCGGUAAAGCGAAGGAGUUUGCAGCUGACAUUUUUAGGCGAGCCAGAGCUGCCACGAGCACCAUGGAGGCAUUGGGUAGUUUAAGCCAAGCUGAGUCCAAACCAAAGGAAGGUGUUCUACAAGGGAUAACCACAGAUGACUGUCACGAGGUCCUUAAUACGCAGAGAAAUGAGAUGUCCGAUUUCACACUCUCCUCUUGUUCUUCUAAAGCAAAGUCAGAGAUUCAGUGUUCCAGUUGUGUUGCAGACACCUCUGACUCUGCUUUGAACUCUGAACAUUCACAUUCACAGUUACUAGGCUGUGCUUGUAUUACACAAGGGAAUCCUGCACUGGGUAACGGUGUAUUGUCUGCUGCUGAACUGAAGACUGAAAUGGCAAGUGAGUUGAUUCAGUGUGAGUCAGGUACAAUGAACAAUACUACCAGCCAACACCAUGAAACUGCACAAACAGAGCCUGGGUACGUGAACUAUAUAAAGCUGCAUUAUGUUCUGGAGCCUUCUGGCAUGGCUGCAGAUGAUGAUGAUGGAUAUGAUGAUAAGAUUUCACUGCAUUUUGUAGUGACUGACUUGAGGGGAAGGAAUCUGAAACCUGUUAAAGAAAGUGCUUUGUAUCAGGGCAAGUACCUCACUGUGGAGCAGCUGACACUCGAUUUUGAAUAUGUCAUUAAUGAGAUUAUAAGGAAUGAUGCAUCCUGGUCAAAGCGAUACUGUUCCUUCAGUGACUAUGAUAUUGUCAUUCUAGAGGUGUGCCCUAUAACCAACCAUGUCAUAAUUAACAUAGGACUGCUACUUUUGGCAUACCCUUCUGAUGAAGAAGGACAAAUAAGACCUAAGACCUAUCAUACUUGUUUGAAGGGCACGUGGAAUCUAAACACUGGUAUAUUUGCAACUAUGGGAGUUGGUGACUUAACUGCUGUACAGGGGCAAACAAGUGGCAGUGUUUGGAGUACCUUCCGGAAAAGCUGUGUUGAUAUAGCAAUGAGAUGGCUGGUCCCUGAAAGUACCUUUCGCAAUGUUAACAGAAUGACAAAUGAAGCCCUGCAUAAAGACCAAAGAAGUUGAAGGAGUGUCGGUAGGGGUGAAAGAGUUAAAAACAGAAUUGAAUUCUGGGCAUGUCACUUUCAUUUUGCUCAUCGUUUGAGAAGUACCUGAUCUACAAUAAAACAGAGUCCUGUGUUGGGAUUCUCUGGUAUAUAUCUGUGCUCUGUGCCCUGUCACUCUGCUGCAGUCAAUUCUGAUACACCAGAGCCAGCUGCUCCCAGGCAAAGAUAAUUCAGUUAGUGAUCUUGGACAAAAAGCUAGUGAGCAACAUAGCAGGGUUUGAGUAGGCCCACCCCAGCUGAGUUUCCUUCACACGGUUCUGCAUUCAGGCUCUGUGUUAAGUCUUCAAAUCCAUUGUCACAAGGAGGGGUGAGAAUGGAUGGACAGACAAUCAUUCCACACUUCAAAAUGUCAGAGGCCUGGUAAACCACUCCCAGUGAGUGACUCAUCUCUUUAUUUACGGAUCUGCAUUGAAAUCCCAGCCUGAGCAAUAUAGUGAACAUUCAAUGUCAAUGUUGACUUUUCUCUAGGCCGCUCGCUGAAGCGCUUGGCAGACAGUGGUCGCAGCAUGUGGAUUGUCCUGUAGUGGUGAUGAUUACAGCCGUCCAUUUCACCAACGAUUAUUUAAAAGGGAGCAAAGAAGAGCCCGGAUUUCCAGAACAAAGUCAGCCACAAAUUGGUGGUUUAAGAAGUUUCAUAUUUUUAAAGCAGCUACCUCUUCAUUCAGUUUUUUUUCUUCAGUCAUUCCUUCUCAGGCCCAAAGAUGAGGCCAGGCUCUUGGAGGUUUUAAAAUACAUGAACUUUGUAAAAGUUAAAAGAUCUUCCAAGUGUGUGCAAGAUAUCCAAUAUUUUGGGGUUUUUGAGGGUGAUACAUAUCUCACAACUACUGCCAUCCCACCCCCAUACCAAAGUGUUGAUGUCUGCAUUACCUCAGCAUCUAAUUUCGAAUUUUGUUAGUUUGUAUUAUGUGAAUGUCUUUGAGAGACUCCAGGCCGCUUAACUGAAGUGUUCAUUAUUUUUAAAAUGUAGUUUAUCAUAUUUAACACUAUUUAGGAUCUAAUUUGAAAAUGCAAAGAGCUGGUUAUAUUCCUUCCUUAAAUCCUCCCAGUUCAUUUUUUUUUUCUGACCAGGAUCAGUAUCUGUCACUGGAGGCCAUGUGAACUCUGCACAGUGAGGUGAACAUUCCCUGAGUAAAAUAACCCUGUGGAAUUCUUGAUUUGGCAGGAUCCCGGGUAGUGAGUAGUGUAACAAUUUCAUGUUAAGCUGUUGCAGAGUUUGUAAUGUGUUCCUCCCCUGUGAACUUCAAUAAAAUAUAAAGAAGUUUA